AUGGAUCUGCUUUCAAGCAUCCGCAAAUCCGGUUCCAGAGGCGGCGUCAACUUCAGCUGGGACGAAGUCACAAGCUCCUCCCAUCGCGAAAACUACCUUGGUCACAGUCUGAAGGCCCCUGUUGGACGCUGGCAAAAAGGGCGCGAUCUUACCUGGUACGCUAAAGCUGAAGAUGAUUCUGGAGAGCCAGACGAGAACGGGGAGACGGACGAGCAACGACGUGAGCGAGAACGAAAAGAAGAGCUACGCAAGGUCAAGGAGGCCGAAGAGGAUGCCAUUGCACUGGCCCUCGGACUACCGCCACCAGUGCGAAACUCUUCAGGCGCAAAUGCAGUAGAAGUUGAUCCCGACAGACGAAAGGUUGGACCAGCAAGUGGGCCGCCUGAAGAGGCCGGAAACGAAAAGAAAGAGCGCUCGAAGCGUCAUGAUGACCCUCAGAGACGAGAGAGGCGACGACACCGAAGUCGGAGUCGCGAUCGUGGCCAUGAUCGCGAGCGCCGUCAUCGCAGGCAUAGGAGAAGCCGCAGCCGCGACCGUGAUGGCGGCAAGGACAGAGACGAGGCCAAGCCAAGGGAUAGAAGUGGAGAUAAGGGCGAGAAUCAAGAUAGAGAUCACGGCCACAGGCGACACCGCGAUAGCCAUCGUAGGGAAGAUACUAAAGGAGGUGGUCGACGACAUGGAGAUAGAAGCAGGGAACGCCGCCGAUCAAGAUCGCGAGAUCGACGAAGUCGUAGCCCUAGGCCUCAUCGCCGGGACUAA